CUAUAAAGCUCAGCUCGAGACAGGCUUUUUAAAGCUACUGAGGAUGGCGAUGACACUAGCGGAGUUCACUCGCACCCUGGACCCUGAGACGCUGCCCAGGAUUCUGCAGAUUCAGUCUGGAAUUUACUGUCCAGGUUCGGUUUACGAGCUCUUCGGGAGAGCAUGUUCUCUCUCCACUGGAGAACUGGUGAAGAUCAUCGACAUCACCAUCACCAGAUUCAUCACACAGACACCAGACGGGACGGAGAUCAUCCUGCCUUUAGAUUAUCCAGGUCUCUUCGGGAUCGUAGCAGACACCGAGCCUUAUCUGAGCGUCCGAGAGAUCGUACACUCACUGAAGAUCGGAGCUCACAUCCUCGGCCAGCCGGUGUUCGUGUCCUCGGCUAAAAUUACUCUCCCUCAAGGCUCGCUGAAGAAGCGAGAGAGCUUCCGAAUUACAUCCAUCCUUCGUGACCUGAACGGCAGUGAAGACCAAAUUGAAUGCGAGGUUCUUCAUCGUGAGCCGAAGUUCUGCUUCACACUCGGCCUCUCGCAGCAAGGGAAUUUCACAGAGUGUGAGGAUGAUCAGUUUUACACACUCCAAGAGCUCGCCAAGUGGAAAAUCCCUAAUGGAAGGAAGAGAAUCGUGACUAUAGUAAAAGACCUGCCUGUGAAGGACUUGCUGUUUUCCAAUUUAUUGGAAAACGUGUCUGGAGAGUUGACGUUAACUCCCGUGUACGAGUUACAAGCAGUCACCUCGGUGGGAAAGGAUGUGGUCGUCAUUCCAUCCAACCUGGACGUGGAAGUCAUGGAAGUGACCGAUCAGAUUGACACAUGCACUUUCAUCCAGCCACUUUCCCUGCAGGACGUGUUCCAAAAACCUUGUGAGAUCUUCCCGUUUGUGGCUGAAGUGAUUGAAAGCCAUACAGUCGAAGUGAACAUGCCGGAAGAGCUGGAACUCCUGUUAAAAUGCAGACAGAUCAUCGUCCACUGCGCUUACAAAGCCAAGCGAAUCCUCGCCACGGAAAUCCGGCAAGAAUCAGCGAGACAUUUCCUGAUUCCUACAAGCUAUAAUGGACGACUGAAGCGCCGACCACGUGAAUUUCCGACGGCGUACGACCUAAAACGAGCACAAAGUGACACUGAAAACCUGCACGUUGUGGCGACCAGGGCUUUUGAUUCCGUUUAUGAUGGUCUGACAUCCAUUCUUAUGGGGGAUGAGUUUCAAGUGAAGAAAAAAGAACAUAACCAUGUUGAAACUAGAGAUACGAUGGAUUCCCUGAAGUGCUUUAAGAUUAAGGGGAAAUCCCACGAGGUUGUGCGUCUCCCCAUGUUUUUAGAUGGCGGAUUUAUGGAAGUCAUCCAUGAUAAACGGCAGUAUACCAUUUCAGAAAUUUGCCAUUGGUUCCCUUUGCCGUUCAAUGUCAAGGUUUCCGUUCGUGACCUUUCACUAAAGGAGGACAUUUUGGCCGGAGCUCCAGGCCUACGCAUCGAGGAAGAAAUCGUUGACCCGUAUCUGCUCAUCUCUACCACUGACCUCUCGAGCUGGUGGGAGAUUUCAGUAAAUCGCACUCACAUGACCCUUCACAUGGAUAAAAGGUGGAAUGGUGAGGAACCGUCGUCCAGUGUCAAGUCAUUUGUUGAAGAGAUUUCUGAGAAAAGUUACUACACCAUGCGGAGGUACGCUGUAGCCACGGUAACACCCCCACCGCGCCCUCCGAAAACACCCAAACGGCCCCCAGAGCGACCAAUCAAGACACAGCAAACAAAAUCAGAAAAAUCCGCCAUCUGCUCUCCAAAGCUUCCAGUGAAGAGCCGGGAAAAUCCUACAGACUGCACUACAGCAGAAAUGGAGAAAAACGCCUUCAUUCCUGCUCCGUUACCCAGAGUUACUGUACAGACAGCUGUUAUCAGAGGCCACAGUUUGGAGGACGUGUGUGUAAACCAAGCCGAGGAUGACGACUCUCAUGAUUAUGAAUACAUCGAUGAAGAUGAACUCGAGAACAUCAAGAAGCAGUUCAACGAACAGUCCAUUAGCAUUUCUCCAAAAGCUAAACCCAGUAACACGAUAUAACGGUCAGAUAAUUACACUAUAGGGGUAAGAAAAUUUAGUUAAAGACUGAAAACAAGAAGAAAAAAACUACCUGAAGAUUUUUUUCACCCUCAUGCUGUUAUAUUCACUCUCUUCUCCAUAAACAAAAGGAAAUGUUCACAUGUAAAGUUUUUAAGAGGAUGAUAUCAUCAAUCAAUCAAUUACGAUCAUCUUCAAACAGUAUUAGCAUGCUAGCAGUAUUAGCAUGCUAGCAGGUGUGGUAUUGUGGAAUUAGUAUAGUAUGCAAAUUUAUACUAUGCCAAUAAAAGAAGAUUCUUUUGAAAGCUCUAAAAUUAUUGCCUUUUUCUCUUUUUUCUUCUCUCUUUUUUCCACCCCAGCACCAAAAUAUUAACAUGUUAAAAGA